GACUCAAUCCAGCAGAGACCAGCCUCACCUGUACCCAGCUGUGUGUCCAUGAAGAGUGACAGGUCUAUGGAGGCACCUCCCAUGUUCAGUGAUGGAGGAGGACCUUCUAAUGAGGAAGGGAUGAGACAGCAGAGACCAGCCUCACCUGUACCCAGCUGUGUGUCCAUGAAGAGUGACAGGUCUAUGAAUCAACCUAUCAAGUUCAGUGACGGAGGAAGGCCUUCUAAUGAGAAAGGGAUGAGACAGCAGAGACCAGCCUCACCUGUACCCAGCUGUGUGUCCAUGAAGAGUGACUGGUCUAUGAAUCAACCUAUCAAGUUCAGUGACGGAGGAGGGCCUUCUAAUGAGAAAGGGAUGAGACAGCAGAGACCAGCCUCACCUGUACCCAGCUGUGUGUCCAUGAAGAGUGACAGGUCUAUGAAUCAACCUAUCAAGUUCAGUGACGGAGGAGGACCUUCUAAUGAGGAAGGUACGAGACAGCAGAGACCAGCCUCACCUGUACCCAGCUGUGUGUCCAUGAAGAGUGACUGGUCUAUGAAUCAACCUAUCAUGUUCAGUGGUGGAGGAGGACCUUCUAAUAAGGAAGGUAUGAGACAGCAGAGACCAGCCUCACCUGUACCCAGCUGUGUGUCCAUGAAGAGUGACUGGUCUAUGAAUCAACCUAUCAUGUUCAGUGAUGGAGGAGGACCUUCUAAUGAGGAAGGAGAUCAACAGGAGAAGUCUGAGUCAGACCAGAGUCACCAUGAGGACUUGUCCUCCAUAUUCACAGUGCUUGAGGAGACCGUCAUCAGGUUUGUGACGAAAGAGCUGAAGAGGAUGAAGGGGAUUCUGAGUUCAGAUUUCCCAGAAGGCUUAGAGAGUCAGAGGGAGGACCAGGAAGUGGUGGACCCUGAAUAUCAGAAGCAGGAGAGCAGUGCCAGAGAGGGAGCUCUGAAGAUCACACUGCACGUCCUGAGGAACAUGAACCAGAAGGAGCUGGCUGACACUCUGGAGAAAAAUGAGCGUGCUGAGAUUUGUCGACAGAAACUCAAAUCUGAACUAAGGAAGAAGUUUGAAACUGUGUUCGAGGGCAUAGCUAAACAAGGAAACCCAACUCUUCUCAAUAAGAUCUACACAGAUCUCUACAUCACAGAGGGUGAGAGUGGAGAGAUCAAUAAAGAACAUGAGGUGAGACAGAUUGAGACAGCAUCCAGGAAAUCAGCAAGAGCAGAAACAGCCAUCACAUGCAACAACAUCUUUAAACCCUCAGCUGGACGAGUUACACCUAUCAGAAUUGUUCUGACAAAAGGAGUUGCUGGCAUCGGAAAAACUGUCUCUGUGCAUAAGUUCAUCACGGAUUGGGCUGAGGGACUAGCCAAUCAGGAAAUACAGUUCAUCUUUCCUCUCCCGUUUCGAGAGCUGAAUUUGUUGGAUGGAGAAGAGUUCAGUCUGAUGGAACUUGUCCAUCACUUCUUCUCGGAAACCAGAGAAUCAGGAAUCUCCAACUACGACAAGUACAACGUUCUGUUUGUCUUUGACGGUCUGGAUGAGUGUCGACUGCCCUUAGCCUUCAAAAAGAACAAGAGAUGGUGUGAUGUCACAGAGUCCACCUCAGUGGAUGUGCUGCUGACCAACCUGAUCAGAGGAAAGCUUCUUCCCUCUGCUCUCAUCUGGAUCACCACUCGACCUGCAGCAGCCAAUCAGAUCCCUUCUGAGUGUGUUGACCUGGUUACCGAGGUACGAGGGUUCAAUGACCCACAGAAGGAUGAGUACAUCAUGAAGAGAUGCAGUGAUGAGAUCCUGGCCGGGAGAAUCAUCUCACACAUCAAGACAUCAAGGAUCCUCUACAUCAUGUGCCACAUACCAGUCUUCUCUUGGAUUACUGUUACAGUCCUUGAACACAUGCUGAGAACAGAGAAGAAAGAGAAGAUGCCCAAGACCCUGACUGAGAUGUACACAACCUUCCUGGUGUUACAGACCAAACAGAAGAAGGUGAAGUAUCAUGGGAAAACUGAGACAGAUCCACACUGGGAUAAAGAGAGCAUUAAGAGCAUUCUGUCACUGGGAAAACUGGCCUUCCACCAGCUGGAGAAAGGCAACCUGAUUUUCUAUGAGAAAGACCUGACAGAGUGUGGCAUUGAUGUCCAUGAUGCCUCAGUGCACUCAGGAGUGUUCACACAGAUCUUCAGACAGGAUGGUAAAGUCUUCCAGGAGAAGGUGUUCUGCUUUGUCCAUCUGAGCUUUCAGGAGUUUCUGGCUGCUGUGUUUGUGUUUCUCUCAUUCAUCAACAACAAGCAGAAUCUGAUGUCUGAGACUCCAUCAGCUUCCAGCUCCAAAAAAGUGUUGGCUCUUUUCAGAGAGAAACCAGAAGUCCGAUUCUACAAGAGUGCUGUGGACAAGGCCUUGCAGAGUACGAAUGGACAGCUGGACCUUUUCCUCCGCUUCCUCCUGGGCCUCUCAAUGGAGUCCAACCAGACUGACUUACAAGGCCUACUGACUCAGAAAAGUCACAAGACAGAGAGCCAUGAGGAUACAGUCAAGUACAUCAAGGAGAAGAUCAGAGAGGAUCCCUCUGCAGAGAGAUGCAUGAAUCUGUUCCACUGUCUGAAUGAACUGAAUGACCAUUCUCUGGUGGAGGAGAUCCAACACUACCUGAGCUCAGGAAGUCUCUCCAGUGAGGAGCUCUCAUCUACACAGUGGUCAGCUCUGGUCUUUUUGUUGCUGACUUCAGAAGAGAAGAUGGACGUGUUUGACCUGAAGAAAUACUUCAUAUCAGAGGAAGGUCUUCUGAGGCUGCUGCCAGUGGUCAAAGACUCCAAAACUGCUCUGCUGAAUGACUGUAACCUCUCAGAACGGUGUUGUGAAGCGCUGGCCUCAGCUCUCCCCUCCUCAGAUCUGACAGAGCUGGACUUGAGUAACAACAACCUGGGGGAUUCAGGCAUGAAGCUGCUCUCUGCUGGACUGGGGAAUCCACUCUGCAAGCUGGAGACACUGAGGCUGUCAGGCUGUCACAUCACAGAGGAAGGAUGUGCUUCUCUGAGCUCAGCUCUGAAUUCAACCUCCUUCCUGAGGCAACUGGAGCUAAGUAACAAUGAUCUGAAGGAUGCCGGCAUGAAGCUGCUCUCUGCUGGACUGGGGAAUCCACUCUGCAAGCUGGACACACUGAGGCUGUCAGGCUGUCACAUCACAGAGGAAGGAUGUGCUUCUAUGAGCUCAGCUCUGAAGUCAACCUCCUUCCUGAGACAACUGGAUCUAAAUAACAAUGAUCUGAAGGAUGCCGGCAUGAAGCUGCUCUCUGCUGGACUGGGGAAUCCACUCUGCAAGCUGGAGACACUGAGGCUGUCAGGCUGUCACAUCACAGAGGAAGGGUGUGCUUCUCUGAGCUCAGCUCUGAAUUCAACCUCCUUCCUGAGGCAACUGGAGCUAAGUAACAAUGAUCUGAAGGAUGCCGGCAUGAAGCUGCUCUCUGCUGGACUGGGGAAUCCACUCUGCAAGCUGGACACACUGAGGCUGUCAGGCUGUCACAUCACAGAGGAAGGCUGUGCUUCUCUGAGCUCAGUUCUGAAGUCAACCUCCUUCCUGAGACAACUGGAUCUAAGUAACAAUGAUCUGAAGGAUGCCGACAUGAAUCUGCUCUCUGCUGGACUGGGGAAUCCACUCUGCAAACUGGACACACUGAGGCUGUCAGGCUGUCACAUCACAGAGGAAGGAUGUGCUUCUCUGAGCUCAGCUCUGAAGUCAACCUCCUUCCUGAGACAACUGGAUCUAAGUAACAAUGAUCUGAAGGAUGCCGGCAUGAAGCUGCUCUCUGCUGGACUGGGGAAUCCACUCUGCAAACUGGACACACUGAGGCUGUCAGGCUGUCACAUCACAGAGGAAGGCUGUGCUUCUCUGAGCUCAGUUCUGAAGUCAACCUCCUUUCUGAGACAACUGGAUCUAAGUAACAAUGAUCUGAAGGAUGCCGGCAUGAAGCUGCUCUCUGCUGGACUGGGGAAUCCACUCUGCAAACUGGACACACUGAGGCUGUCAGGCUGUCUGGUCACAGAGGAAGGCUGUGCUUUUCUGGCCUCAGCUCUGAGGUCCAACCCCUUCCACCUGAGGGAACUGGACCUGAGCUACAAUCAUCCAGGAGAAAAAGGAUUGAAGCUGCUCUCUGCUAGACUGGAGGAUCCACACUGCAGACUGGAGAAACUCAAUGUGGAUCAUGGUGAGGAGUGCAGGAUCAAACCUGGCCCUAGGAAAUAUGCCUGUGAGCUCACUCUGGACCCAAACACAGCACACAGAGUCCUCUCUCUGUCUGAGGAGAACAGAAAGGUGACAUGGAGGUUAGAGGAGCAGCCGUAUCCUGAUCACCCAGAGAGAUUUGAGGACUGUCGCCAGGUGCUGUGUAGAGAGGGUCUGUCUGGGCGCUGUUACUGGGAGGCAGAGAGGAGUGGAGGAGGGGUUUAUAUAGCAGUGACAUAUAAAGGAAUCAGCAGGAGAGGAAGGGAUGAUGACUGUGGGCUUGGACGCAAUAACAAGUCCUGGAGUCUGUACUGUGAUGAUGACAGUUACUCUGCCUGGCACAAUGAUAAGUUCACUGCCAUACCUGCCACCCCCUCCAGCUCCCACAGAGUAGGAGUGUAUCUGGACUGGCCGGCCGGCACUCUGUCCUUCUACACAGUCUCCUCUGACACACUGACCCACCUGCACACAUUCCACAGCACAUUCACUGAGCCCCUCUAUCCUGGGUUCUAUGUUUAUGACUUCUCCUCAGUGUCCCUGUGUCAGGUAGAAUAGCCCACACACACUCUCACACACUGUGCUCACAUAGAUGUCAUUGAAGAUUGAACUGUAUACAGUUGGAAUUCAUAUCCCAGAGUGUUUGUAAAUAUUGGUGUGUGUAGAAUGUUUGUUUUGUUUUAACCUUUAGAUGUAAAUAUUACUGAUAUUAAAUAUUAUUAAUAUCUUUAAAUAUUACCGACGCUUCCACCAGAGUGAGUUAUUUUUCCAAAACGGAAGCUAGCUAGCUUUAGUUAGCUUCCGUUACCUAGCAUAAUACUCGUAGCAAUGCUACUACCUGCUAGUGUUACUUGUUAGCCUCCUAAUUGUACAUUUUGAAGCCAUACUACAGCGUUUGUCAUGUCGUUUUUGUCUAUCGGAAAAUAGUCGGUUGGAAUGUAAAGAAUCACACGUGCAACGUUACUCUGUGGGGCUUUCGAACUAUCGCACACGUGUGAUGCUACUCCUUAACGGGUUAAUUGUUGACAAACAACAAUCCUGUCUUUGAUCUCAGUCCCACUGAAUGUGAUGAACUAAAUACUGUCUUACUGACUAAACUAGAGAGGGUACAAUUUCUGGGGAAAUUGUAGGGUGUGCUUGCUUGCGUCGGUUGCACAGGGGUCCGUUUUUUUACAACUGAUAUUUCUGUAUAUGUUAUAGAAAAAUGCAUACUUAUUAUUUAUAAAGAUUACAUAGAUUUAAAAGCAUAUUUUUUUUGCUGCUCAUUUACAACUGAAAAUACGAGUGAAGUGUAGAAUUAAAUAGAUGUCUUCUCAUUUCCCAUGCAAGAGGCAGCCUCAUCGUUGAAUCAAAACGAAUAAAUUUGGCAGACCGGUGUAAAAAUAGACCUAAUCUCUAUGAUUUAAACGUCCUUUUAAGUUUUUCCCUUCUCGUGAUAUUUUCAAGCAUUUAGCCUACUCGUUGCAUUCAGUCAUUAACAAAGAACCCCCUUUGAAGAUUAUUCUACGACGUUACCGGCAGGUAGAACAUGGAAUCGCGAUUCAAACAGUACCAUCUGCUAACUGAAAAUAUGACCCCCAAAACGUAAAUAAGCUUGACAUUUAUUUAGUGGAAAAUUGCUUUCAUAAAAAGCUCACUGGUAGCGAUCAUUGUCAGUAACAACGCCAAGUGCGAUAUAGCCCUGUGUGGAGAAGCUGCCCCGGUAAAUUGUACUACUACGGUACA